GUCGAUUCGCCUCAUGGACGAAAUUGAAAUAAACGUUUGAACUUAUCGCACUGCUUGUUUGGACAUCCUUCAAUGAACUGUCUUUUUACUUCUAUUUCCGACGUCCUGGCUCAUUCAUAGCUGUAAGAUGGGGGAUCACGUUGAGGUACAGAUCACUCCUCAGACUCCGGGCAAACCCUCUAUAAGAAACCCAUUUGAGAGUCCAAAUGACUACCACCACCUCCGUGAACCCCUGGUGCCCAGUCCAUCUGUCUUCAAGUCCAAACCUUGUAAAGAUACUCCUCCUAAGUUUAACUGGUCUAUUGAUGAAAUGGCCAGUCUUCUCCCUGUGCACAUUGGCUCAGAAGAAAUACAGCAGCAGUCUCUCUACCUCAGCCAGACAAGGAUGGAUGUGGAAAUUGAAGAAAAGCGCCAGAAUGCCAUUGAACAGUUUUUCACUAAAGGAGCCAUUGUGCCUUCCCCCUGGGCUGCACCAGACACCCGUAAAAUGUAUAUGUAUAACAAAUAUUCUGUGUCUCCGGUGAUUUGUGAGGAAUCCGAGAAACUGUCAGUUGCUUGUCAGACAACAUUGUCAUUACCUUUGACGUUUGAUUUGGAGAAAAUACUAGGGGAAUAUUACCGAAAUGAAGAACCAUCUGAUGCUGUCCAGGAGAGCCUCAGUUCCUCCUCUUUGAGACGAAAACUUUUCCUUGAUGGUCAAGGCAGUUAUAGCGGUUCUGACAGCUCUAACCCUCCAAGCCCGGAGAGAAGGCUUUCCAGGCAGCAGAGCCAACUGCGGAAUGGAGGAGAGGGAGCUGUAGAGGAAGUGAGGGGUUCUGAGCAAGAGGCUCUCUCAUCCAUUUUUGCCUCCCCUUUGUCCUGCAGUGUUUCAGCUCCAACUCCAUCUACAGGGCAGUUCUCAUCCAGCCCCAUCCAGCAUGGGUGUUUCCGGGACUACAGCCUCGGCAGCAUCAGCAGUCCUCUGUUCCCUGACAGGUCCUCUCCUGCUGGUCUUGUCUCGCCAACUAUUUCACCUAUUGUUGCACAUACAGCACGCACACCUAUAGGCUCAGUUGAGGGUAAACAGUCAAGCAAUCUGACUCCUCAUAGUGUUCCUCUGGAUAUAGAUGUCACUUCCUGCACUGACAGCCCAGUUGUUGAGGGUUGCUCUCCUAUUCGCAGCUGUUCCCCACAGCAGUUCCACUGCCACAAUGAGUUCAAACACAAUAGCAGAUCUAAACCCAGGACGAGAGUUCGGUGCUGGGCCUCACCCCCACCGAUCUCCCCCAUCCUCAACCCUAAACUCCAUGACAGUGAGGAGCCUGAAGAACUCCCUUCCUCCUCCUCUCUCCCAUUUAUGGAACUGGACCCAUCCUCUCCCCGGGAUCGGGAUGCUCACCUUGAUACUAGGAAAGUGAAUUUGGAUUUGUUGAAAUCUGUGAAAAUGGAGGAUUGCAAGGACAUGGGUAUGGAGGAGGAGGAGGAGGAGGAGGAAUCUGGAGCGCCUUCUGGACGCCUGACCAGCUCUCGAAUGGGGAAUGUGUCAGCAACAGAGAGCUCGCAAAUGUUUGUAUCUCUUCUGGCCGAGGGAAGCAGCAUACGCUAUGACUCUAGCAUGCAGGUGGAUAGUGGCUACAACACUACCUCAGCAGGAACCGGUAGUCUCAUAGAUGGCCUCAGCUCAGACUGUCACGGAAAAGAGUCCUUCACUUCAAAUCUGGCUGAGGAAGCUUUACAACAAACAAGACACACUAAAGUGAAGGUAUUUUACCCUCACCACUGAGCCACAUGAUGCAUUAAAAGGGACGUCACUUCCAGUGGAAGCUCACAAUGAAAUUUUUGCAUUCAAAUACAACAAAGUUUACAUGAUGUUCGAAGCUUUUAUGUCAGCUUAAUGUUGU